AUGCACGAGUUGAGCCUCUACGGCCAGGUCACCUUUGCGCGCUAUGAGCAGGUUCUGAACAUCCUGGCGGGGGUCGCCAUGAUGCAGCCCCAGCGCGUCUUUGAGCGCCAUGUCGUCUACAAGCCCACGCGCGAGCCUGAAGAGCCGGGCUCCAAUCUUGGCCGUCGCGGCGGUACCCAGACUGUCGCGCAGAAGCAGGCCAAACAAGCUGCUCCCGUCGUCCUCUACCACACCCGGCUGGUCCAAAAGCUGUCGGAAGACGACUUUGCUGCUGAAGAUGGCGUGCCGGAGGAGAGCACAAAGGCCCUGUCCGCUGAAGUAGACGACGGGGAAGAGCCAACAUGGUCCUUCGUGUUCAGAGAUGUACCGGAUACUGGUGAUAGAGGUGUCUCCAUCCGCUUCACCAACACUACUGAUUUGCUGUCUGGCGAUCCACAUGCCUUCAUGAUCGCCUCGGGACCCAACCAGUUUGUGACCGAGUUCUACAUCGAGGGCUACCGUUUCGUGCUCGGUAACGUCGUCAUAUUCCUCCACCGCAUCCUCCACGAGCCCGGCAUCCGCAACGUCCAGAAGAGCCCCAAGGCCACACUACCGACAUGGAAAGGCCUGAAGCUCCUCGACCCAAGUGGUGUGUACACACUUCAAGCUACGGUCCGUAUUGAAGACUUCAACAACGCAGCCGUACUCGAGGAGGGGGUGAACGAGUUGAAGAAGUUCCAGGCGCAAAUGAAGGGUUGCGUGAACUUGGACUUGCCAGAUCGGCUCGCACUAGACCCCCGUGUCAAGUACAAAGCUCCUGCAGCUCCUGCUACCCAAGCACGGCCUAGGUGA